UUCCAGAUAUCACAAGUACUUUUGCAUGGUUAUGUGUUUUACUUUAUUUACCCAUUCAUAACAUUACCGGUACAUAUUUCAUACAUUCGGUAUGGAUCGCAUUGCAACUGUUCAGUUUCGUAGUCGACAUAUGAUAUUUUCAUUUCAUAGUGUUUUAAGAGAAAUACAGAACUUUGGAUUAGUUUGUACAUUUUAUUUCAUACAGGCGAGGCAUGAUUUGCAAGUACUGAAAUACAUCCACUUUGUUGCAAUGUCUAGCAAGUGAACACCCAGAAACUAUAAUCGUAACACAGCACAUACAAUAAUUUUUCUCGCUUUGUUAUGAAGAUUAUGUACGGUGCACUAGAUCAAUUGCCACUCCGUGUCGCUAUUCCUAUAAAAAAAAGAACAAGUAAAACAACUGACUUCAAAAAACGCAGUACCUAGAAACUUAUUAAAGACAUUUAUUGAUUAAAUGUAUUUCACAGGUCACAGGAAACACCUGGGAAUGCUGAUAUGGGAAUGGUUUAAAAUUUAACUGCACCAAAUUCAUAUUAAAAUGAUGAAAACUGCAAAUGAAGUGUUUUCGUAUGCUGCUGUCAAAAUUUUAAAAAAGUAUGGGCACUACAGACUGCAAUUUUGCGAAACUUUAUUGCCAACCCCUCGAAAUACAAGGAUAUCUUUCACGCAUAUUCUUAGAUUACAUAUCCGGGGUUCAAUUGUUUGUUUACGUGUGGAGCAGAAGAGUUUGCAAGACAACUGUUACGAUUUACAAUUUAGUUGGAAUAUAAACAAUUUGGGAUUAUCUCACCAAAUGCUUAUUUAAUAUUAAGGAGCAAUCAAUCAUUUGACAACUAGGUUUAUAGGAAAAAGCACUCGUUUUCUUCUACUGGUUCCGGUCUAAUAAGCAGCGUAACAAUAGCAAAUUCGUCAUUCAGGUGGGAGCGAUGUCGGACCAGCAGGCGGCGAUCCAUGGCGCACUCGGCCUCGGCGCACCUCUGACCCCCGCGGGGAUCCAGACGGCCGACGGCGUGCUGUCGCAGGUGUCUGACGGGCAGGUGAAGCAGGAGCCGUAUGAGACGAUGGAGGUGGUGGCGAGCAGCCCCGGGCCGGGGUCUGCGGUGCACCACCUGCACCAGCUGCAGCACCAACACCAGCACCACCACCAGCACCUGGGAGGCAGCUCCGCGGCUGGAGGCUCGCUGCAGUCCGCGACGGGCCCCGGCUCCGUCGGCGACAGCUCCAACAGCCAGAGCUCAAACGAUGUGACCGGCACCGGCAUCUCAGGUGGCACCAAGCGGGAGGUGGGCGGGGAGGACGCCGACGGCGGUGGCCCAGGAGCAGACGACGAGCUGGCGGGGGCGGGUCCGGGUGGGCGGUCGGCCGGGCAACCGCUCUGCGACUUCCUCACCCAGCUCGAGGACUACACACCCACGAUUCCUGAUGCAGUCACGAGCUAUUACUUGCAGACAGCUGGAUUCGAUACUGAGGACCCCCGAAUAGUGCGGCUGAUCUCGCUGGCAGCCCAGAAGUUCAUCUCGGAUGUGGCCAACGACGCCCUGCAGCACUGCAAGACACGCUCUUCCGCACAGAACACCAAGGCGCGCCUCAAGGACCGCCGCUACACGCUCACGCUGGAGGACCUGACGCCUGCCCUCGCAGAGUACGGCAUCGUCGUGCGGAAACCUCCUUACUACGUCUGAGUUUGGAGAAAACCUCGGGGACUGCAAUGGAAGGUGGCCUUCUGCGGUCAUCGAGUGCUGCCCGCUGAAGAGCUUUGUGGCUUCUCUUGUCCUUCUCUGCUGUACUACAAUUCUCAGACCGCCUUCUGUGGUAGCUGUGUGCAGGUUGAGCUAGUACUGCCACUUGCUGCUGAGGAAGAUUUUGUGGCAGGUUGAAGUACUUUUGUUGGGAAUGCCUUUUAUUGCAUUGUUUCGUUGACAACAUUUAUUCAGUUAAUGUGAACUGCCUUUAGGGUGCUGCGUGUGCAGUUGCGAUGAGCUAAAUUACUUUAGAAGGCUGUGUUGAUUAAACAGAAAAAUGCCGAGCAAAACGGACAUUACUGCAUUAAAAUGAUUAUGUAUUAUAUUCAGAGUGAUUAGAACUGUGGCAUGUGGUCAAGUAAGUGGUGUUAUUUUAAAUUGUAAUGAUGUCUCACGUUAGGUAUAUCACCGUCGAGUUGUCCUGUGUAAUGUAUGGCAAACCUUUUACUUUCCACACAAGUAACUGCUUACUUGAUUCUGUGCAAACAUUCGUGCACGUCUGCACUUCUGUAUUACGCUAAACAAAGGAGGAAAAUUAAAGGAAAUAAAGAAGAAAACUUUAUUGCCAUUCCUGUUAAAAAAAAAAUGUGUCAUAUAAUAACACAACAUGUGCUUUAUCCUUACUCCAACCUGUUAUCUGACACUAAGAAUUCAAAUGUUAUUUUGAAAUAUCAUUCUGUCUCCACUGUUUUAUGAUGCAGAAGACUUGAGUUUAAUUUGAGUUUUGACUUUCUUGUCAUUUAUAUCAAGGAUUAUAAUGUAUUUAAUAAACUGAAUUAAAACCA